AAAAGUGAAAAUUCUGGAAGGAGGCAGUGGAUGACAUCUUUUGAAACCCUCUUUGUUAAGGAAUUUGAGGAAACCUCCUAUUGCUUUCCAAAUCCCUCACUCUAUAAAUAUAAAUUACAUCCACAGAAACCCAAAAGCAACUCAAAAGAAACUUAAAAGAAACAAGAAUGAGCUAUUAUAAUCAGCAGCAGCAACCACCAGUUGGUGUUCCUCCACCUCAAGGGUACCCUACAAAAGAUGCUUAUCCACCACCGGGCUAUCCUGUUCAAGGGUAUCCUCCUCAGGGUUACCCUCCACCUCAGGGGUAUUACGCCCAGCAGCCUCCUAGGCAAGAGACUGGUUUUCUUGAAGGAUGCUUAGCAGCACUAUGCUGUUGUUGCCUUUUGGAUGCUUGCUUCUGAUUCACCUAACUCAAAGCUUCAACUCUAUAUGUAUUCAGCUGGGAUUCUAUUUGUUCAUAUAUUUUCAGUUUCCAUAACCUAUUGCUAAUAAUUUUAGUUUCUGUUAACAUUUUUUUUUAUGUGUAAUGUAUUUGGAUUCUUUUUCCUAAUUGAAGUUUAUGUUCUAUUGCA